AUGAUAUCCACCAAUGACUCUGAGAUUAGAGUAUGGAAAUUUUAGUAAGGAACCUUGAGCGAGAUUACUACUCUUAACGGCAUCAAUAAGACAAUUACUUCCCUAUCAAUAGUUUUCUAUCAGCUAUUUUUGAUUAAACAAUCUGUUGAUGGAAUUAAAUAAAAAGUAAAGAAUGGAAGAAUUCUAUUAAUAACAUUUAAUUGCAGAGUUUGUUUGAUUUUGAUCAAUCUGAAAACCUACACUUCUCUAAAGGAAAAGUUAUUUCAAAUCAAAAUUUGGAAAGUAGAUUUUUUAAAGAAUCAAUUAUACUAUUAAUAUUCAUUGAAAUGA